GCACACGCACGCUCCAUAAUUGAAGCACACACCACCUGGUGCCUCUGGCUUUCGGCCGAACCCCACAAAAUGAAGACAAGUUUCUUUGUCGUCGCGGCUGUUGCGUUGUAUCUGGGUCAGCUCGCGCUUGCGGCUCAGCGCAAUCCUCGCACCGAUGAGGACAUCCUUCCUGGCUGGAUGGGCACUGACUUCAAGCCUGAUGUGGUCCAGCCCGACUUGAUCAGCCACCGCCUUGGCAAGAUGAAGGUUCUUGAUGCUGAUGCCCGCAUUUUUCUGAUUGAGCACUUCCUUACCGACGAGGAGGCCGACCACAUCGUCCAAGUCUCUGAGCGCCGUCUGGAGCGCUCGGGCGUCGUCGCCACCAACGGCGGCUCUGAAGAGUCCCAGAUCCGCACCUCGUUCGGCGUCUUCCUGGAGCGCGGCGAGGACCCCGUUGUCAAGGGUGUAGAGGAGCGCAUCUCCGCCCUGACCCUCAUGCCCGUCGGCAACGGCGAGGGCCUGCAAGUGCUGCGCUACCAGAAGGAGCAGAAGUACGACGCCCACUGGGACUACUUCUUCCACAAGGACGGCAUUGCCAACGGCGGCAACCGCUACGCCACCGUACUCAUGUACCUGGUGGACACCGAGGAGGGCGGCGAGACCGUGUUCCCCAACAUCGCAGCCCCCGGUGGCGAGAACGUGGGCUUCUCCGAGUGCGCGCGCUACCACCUGGCCGCCAAGCCCAAGAAGGGCACCGCCAUCCUAUUCCACAGCAUCAAGCCCACCGGCGAGCUGGAGCGCAAGUCGCUGCACACCGCCUGCCCCGUGAUCAAGGGUAUCAAGUGGUCUGCCGCCAAGUGGAUCCACGUCGGCCACUACGCCAUGGGCAACGAGCAGGCUGAGAUGAUUGAGCAGCACCCCCAGCCCAAGGUCAAGCCCCAGAACCUGCCCCCCGGCUGCGAGGACAGCGACGAGAUGUGCCCUGACUGGGCUGAGGCGGGCGAGUGCGAGCGCAACGCUAGCUUCAUGAUCGGCACCCGCGCCCGCCCUGGCAAGUGCGUGGCCAGCUGCAAGCGCUGCGACGUAGUCGUGGACACUGGCGCCGAGCGCACGCAGUCGGAGUGGAAGAAGUCGCAGACCGGCAGCCGCCGCAGCCUGGGCGCCUAAGCAGCUAAAGGAGCUAGAAGCGGCCUGAAGCGACAGCGUCUGGCGGCUGGCUUAGCCUAUGGUAGAAGCCGCGCAGCAGCGUACAUGGUAUGUGCGAUGUGCGUGGGCGUGUGACUAAUCUUGACGUUGUGUGCGGCAAUGGUUCUUGCGUUGUUGACGCGGGUUUGAACGCAAUGACUGUCACGGAUCAUGACCCAAUCCUAGAAAUUGUUGAUUAAAUGAUUCUGACCAAGGCUGCGGGCAGGCGCCUGCGUGGGCGCGGAAGCGGUCGGGGCCAGCGGUGGCGGGGUGCGGCGUUCAUUGCGCAAGCUGCCCACCACCGCAGGCCGUGGGUGAUGCUGCCUUGAAGCUUAGUAGACAAUAAGGCGUCUUGAGAAGCCAGAAAGCCAAUCGUGCUGCAUAUGAAGAGGUCUGCCAACAACAUGGGGUCUUAUCGAGAGCAUUUUGGAUGGUGAUCCGCGCAGUGGCAAUUACCGCCAAAUGACCUUUAAUCCAUGGUUCAAAUGGGUUUGUUUGUGUCUGUGGGCACACUAGUGACCUGAUUCUAUAUUGUACUGCCCUCUUGCGUUUGAUAUAACUGACGCUCUUUCGUUUGAAGUGUGGCUCGUGCACAUGUGAUGUGUAUUGAGGAUGCCGCAGGGGUUGAGACGACAUUUGCGAAGACGAGACAUGCGGGAGCUGUGAUUUGACGCAGUAUCCUUCGUUGAUUAGGGUACACGAUGGUUAGGGUUGGCGAGACAUGGACUUAGACAGGUAGGUCAUGUACAGGGCAUGCAUUUGGCAGUGUUUGGGUUUAGGGUUUGCAAAGGGGGCGGUCGAGCGCCAGUGCGGCCAGCACCGUGGGCAGGGUUACGAGACCCUGCGCCUCCCCUAAAGCAUCUCGGAAGAGGCUGCUGUAACCACGACGGUUGCAACUACCCUCUCAUGCGCAAAGGACGAAACUGUGGGCACACACAUAACGGCGGCAGGGCGGACCCGCACAUUCAACACGGUAGCCCGUAUACCUCAAACGGGUACCAGGUCUCAUAUCGGUACAGCCGAAUCAGAACUGUUGGACAGAGGCAGGGUUGCGGACAGAGGCCACCAAAAGAGUUUUCGCCGGGGUUACCGUAGUCAUUGUGAAAGCAGGUGGCUCACGUACUCAUGCCCACGUCCAGCCGUCCAGGUGUCUGGCCGUGAGCCGUCGUGCACGCUCUGUACACGCGCUGCAUCUAAGUGCCCUUUGCCAAGGGUGCAAGCCCUGAGUCCAAGGCCUGCUCGGCCGCGCACGCAGUAUAACAGGGAUGCAACCUUAGGCCUUAGGUCACCGGCCCAUGGCGAAGUGGGCCAGUGGCUGACGUGCAUCCUUGCUGAUGUGGACCAACUUUCUCACACCCUCAACCAGUUGGCAACGCCUCGCGGUGCCCUUGUGGGGCUUGGGCUGUCACUUGGUGCUGGUGGUCAGUAGCAGCGCGGUAUACGGUUUAUUAUUGUAUUUAAACGAUUGCUGUUGGGGACAAGCCACGCGAUCGUGGGGUGGAGGGAUUGGAUGAAAAUGGAGGAAGGGGAGUCGGGGGGUCGUUGGCACGCGGUCGUGCCGGUCAUGGGACGUCCCGACUCAAUCUUCUUGGCACGCGGUUGCUUCCUACAGAAUACUACAAAAUUUUCAU